AACCGAGACGUGACUGAUCUCGACGCAUCAAUCGAAAAUGGCUGCUCCCGUUGUCACAAUCUCCGAGAGCAAAGAGCUCCGGGGGCUCAACCUGAUCGCGGCGCACUCUCAUAUUCGCGGACUGGGCGUCGAUGCCGACACUCUAGAGCCCCGGGCGGUAUCACAGGGGCUAGUCGGGCAAGAGAAAGCCCGAAAAGCAGCUGCGGUUGUUCUGGAGAUGAUCAAGCAAGGGAAGAUUGCUGGUCGCGCUGUCCUGAUUGCCGGCCCUCCCAGCACUGGCAAGACAGCAAUCGCCAUGGGAAUGGCUCAGUCUCUUGGCCCCGACGUGCCCUUCACCACGCUCGCCGCAUCCGAGAUCUUCUCCCUCGAAAUGUCCAAAACCGAGGCCCUCACGCAAGCUUUCCGCAAGUCGAUUGGUGUCAGAAUCAAGGAGGAGAGCGAAAUAAUGGAAGGUGAGGUGGUGGAGAUUCAGAUCGACCGGAGCGUGACGGGCGGCGCCAAGCAAGGCAAGCUCACCAUCAAAACGACCGACAUGGAGGCCAUCUACGAUAUGGGAAGCAAGAUGAUCGAUGCCAUGACAAAGGAACGUGUGAUGGCGGGCGACAUCAUUUCGAUUGACAAGUCGUCGGGGAAGAUCACCAAGCUAGGAAGAUCGUACGCUCGGUCGCGCGACUACGAUGCGAUGGGCGUUGACACCAAGUUCCUGCAGUGCCCUGACGGCGAGCUGCAGAAGCGGAAGGAGGUUGUACACACCGUGUCCCUGCACGAGAUUGAUGUUAUCAACUCGCGCACCCAGGGCUUCCUUGCACUCUUCUCGGGUGACACUGGCGAGAUUCGGAGCGAGAUCCGGGACCAGAUCAACACAAAGGUCGGCGAGUGGAAGGAGGAGGGCAAGGCGGAGAUUGUCCCCGGUGUUCUGUUCAUCGACGAAGUUCAUAUGCUGGACAUCGAAUGCUUCUCUUACAUCAACCGGGCGCUGGAGUCGGACCUGGCCCCCAUCGUCAUCAUGGCGAGCAACCGAGGCCAGUCCCGAAUCCGGGGCACAGAUUACAAGAGCCCGCAUGGCCUACCCCUCGAUUUCCUCGACCGUGUCACGAUUAUCAACACGCACGCCUACACCGCAGACGAGCUCCGUCAGAUCCUGUCAAUCCGGGCGCAGGAGGAGGAGGUCGACCUCACCCCAGAUGCUCUUGCGCUGCUUACCAAGAUCGGCCAGGAGGCCGGGCUUCGCUACGCCAGCAAUCUCAUCACCACGUCCCAGCUCAUCUGCGCCAAGAGGCGAGCUAAGCAGGUCAGUGUGGAGGAUGUCCAGCGAAGUUUCAAGCUGUUCUACGAUCCUGCCAGGAGUGUACGGUUCGUCACAGAAUCUGAGAAGCGGUUAAUCGGCCAUGACGGCACUGUCGACUUUGCAGUCAAGACCAAUGUUGCAGAAAACAAUGCUGCAGACAACAUCAAUGGCCCUCCGGCAGAAACGAUGGACACGAGCUGAACUAAGGGACAGCGAUGUUGGGAUUCGCAGGCGUUCGGGGCCGGGGGAGCAAAACUGUUUGUUUGUCUGGGAACGGGCAGGGUGUGAGAUAUCAUGUACAGUAAUGACCUCCAUAGAUGCGGAAACAAGCGACUUGCGGCUGGCGAACCCGCGCCGGCUCGUCUUCCUGACGCGGUUGUCCUCGCCCCCCAUUGGCAUCACACGAACGUAGCAACUCUGCUCCAUUCUCCCUCCUCCCCUGCCGGCCGAAACUCAACACCCUCGCCAAAGUAACCCGCAUCUUGCCAAGCCUUCAUUGUCGGUCCGUCGAACGGGCCUUGCUUGGCAGCGCCAUCCCGUCCAUCUGUCCAGCGGAACUCCCACAUCUUCACCUCCCCUGCUCGUCCGCCUUCCCCGGCCUCAUCUGGCGGCUCCACCCAGUCUUCCCCAGUCUCGUUCCGAUAUUCUCUGAUGAGACGUUCCCUUUCCCACUCGUAAAUGUUUGGGUAGUCUCUCUGCAUCAGUUUGUCUGCCGCAUCUGCAAUGGUGUUGAUCGCAUCUCUGAUCUUGACCUGCUUGGGGUCUUCAGGCUCCUUUUCUGCGUCGACAUCCAUGGCAUCCCCUCCACCGUCGCCGUUGCUUUUCGCCUUCGCCUUCUUCUGCUUCCAUUUGGGUAUCUGCUUUGUCUUGGUCUUUGUUUGGCUUCUUCUUAGCCUCGCCAGAGCGUCGAGUGCUGUCUCGCCCGGUUCGAGCUUGCCGAUAAGUUGCUUGAAGAGGUCGCCCGUCAACACGCUGUCGUUCUCACGCUGCUGCUUCCGCAUCUCCGCCUCGCGUUUCUCAUGCGCC